AUGGUCCGAAAGUCGCUAGAUUACCCGAAUCAGAAGUUCAAGAAAGGUCUGUGGUCUCCUGAUGAAGAUGAGAAGCUUCGGAAUUAUGUCCUGAAGUACGGCCAUGGCUGCUGGAGUUCAGUUCCGGCCAAUGCCGGAUUAGAAAGGAAUGGAAAGAGCUGUAGAUUAAGGUGGAUUAAUUAUCUACGGCCAGGAUUAAAGCGUGGGGCAUUUAGUUUGGAAGAGGAAGAAGUAAUCCUGGCCCUUCAUCAAAUUUUAGGGAACAAAUGGUCUCAAAUAUCCCAACAUUUACCUGGAAGAACAGAUAAUGAGAUUAAAAACCAUUGGCACUCUUACCUCAAGAAAAGGGCAGCUAAAACUGAAAUGCAGGUUAAAAAAGAAACCAUAAAUGGCGAAUUAACUCAAAUUCCGAACCUUCCGCCCCAAAAUCCCGGUCUCGAAUCGUUUACAAGGCCGGAACCAUCGAUAAACGAGGCAAACAACCCGAAUUUACAGGAAAUAAACCGGUCGAGGGGACCUAAUUGCAAUUUACCAAUUCUAUUCGCCGAGUGGCUUUCGACCGACCCUUUUCAAGUCCACGACUCGGGAAGCUUAAGUCCCGAUAGCUUCGCGCUCGAUUACAACAACAAUAGUUCGAGUUCUGAAGAUUCUUGGAAUCUUUUCGACCAACAAACGAACUCUAUUUCAGUUGAUGAUUAUAAUAUGUUUCAGUAUUCGCCGUUCGAUUAUUUAUCUGAAAAUGGUGCUGGGGUCGAUUAUUAUUUUCCGGGAGAGUUCGGCAUAAACGGCAACGGCAUGUAUUUGUAG